GAUGACCCCUGCAAGGCGGACUACUCCCGCUUCCUCAAAACCGUAAAAAAGAAACAGCGAUCCGCAGUCAUACCCCUCGAGCACGGCCAGUGACUCGGCGCCGAAAAUGAACUUGAACUUGAUCUGGUGGAGACGCUGGCGUCCACGCGAUGCCUCGACGCCGUCGACGUGGCCGCCAGAGGGCCGCCGCGGUGUCGCGACGGAGUCCGUGCCACGCAGGUCACCUCACGAACAUGACGGUACAUGAAUCCAAAAUUGCCGAGCGCGCCGCGACGAAGCUCCAGAACAUCUGGCGAGGCAAGAAGAACCGCGAAAAAUCGGAGCACGUGGCUCGGGUCCAGGCGUUCCAACAGGCGCGGCGCGUCGCGACGCAGACGGCCAAGGAACGCGUCGAGAAGGACUUCCGCAAUAAAGAAUUGUUGACGGGCGUCAAGCGCCACACGUGGGACGCGAAGGUCCGGAUUUUUCAGACUCGUAAAAAAGCCGAGGGGAUGAGCAUGGACCGGGACGCCGCGGUCCGCCUGAUGAUGGAGGAGGCCUGCGACGCCGUCGCGAAGCAGGUCGGCGACCGCUUCGACGAGAUGGAGCAAGAAAGAGGAUUAGCACCUACUGGUGUGAAUCUGAACGGCCCCGCGGCGCCACCCCCGAAGGACGUGAGAUCGUUACACUAGUCCAUGACGGCCUUCGCGUCGAUCCUGACGAACCCCUUCUCCACCCAAGAGGUCGAGGACGAGCCCAUCGAGACGCCGCGACGGGACGAGAAAUCGCUGGUCGUAGACAUCGAUCUAGAUGUGUAUGGCCAGGAUCCUGAUGCGUAUCGCCAAGCGUAUAAUGCCCGAUCAAGAAGUAGGAUAGAAAAGAUGCUCGUCGGCUGCUUCCCGCCGGAACUUCAUGGAGACGGGGCCGGCGAGUCGGACAAGGAAAGAGCAGUGAGGAGGCAGUACGCCUCACCCAUCCCGGAUCCGGACGACUUCAUGCGUCGUUUACGAUCCGUGAAUCCCGUCUUUUCCGUGCUCAAGACCGAAGAAAUGCUCCUCGAGCUGCCCUCGAAGCGACUCUUGUUGGGGUACAUCGAAACUUCUCUGAAGGGAGAAGGCGCUUGUUUAGGAACAAGUUCUGCGGAAUCCCACGUCUUCGGCGGCCACUUCGGGGCGCCGCGCCACCGCUACUCGCGACGGAAGCAAGCUACGCUCAUUCGAUUGUCUCCGGCGUUCCCGGGGCUACAAAUACCGGACGUCGAGACCGUUCUGGCGACGAGACCGAUCCCUCCAUUCUUGACGACGGAGCUGAAAGAACACUUUAGAUUGUUGAAAGAUGAUCUUGUCGUGGCCGAAGCUUUGCGAAAGGUACUAGCCUCCGACUUCGAAUUCGGGCUGCUAACCGCCGUCGUCACGGAGCAGCACGCGCGCCAUGAUGCGUGGCUGCAGCGCCGAGUCGUCGAGCGGGCCGAGAAAGGCGCGGAGAACGCUCGGACCGUCGUCGAUCGGAAGGUGCGCGCGGCGAUGGCCUCGGCGAAGCGAGGCACGACGCCCUUGCAACUCAUCGACCCGACCGUCGACGAUUUACUAAAUAGAUGCGACCUAGCGCUCAAGAAGUGCGACGAGCAGGAACAACUCGCGCGAGAGGCCCUCGAGAAGGAACAGAAGAAGAUUAGAUUAACAAAACUCACGCGGAACUACUGGCUGAAAAGGAGAAGAGACGUGAAACGGUGCCACAACUUGAUCAAAGGAAGGAAACCUGGGGUUGAAGUACUUCCAGAGGACAGAGAGCAGUGGACCGAGAGGUACUUUACUGCUUUAAUACACGCAGACGACGUCUCGGCACCUUCUAGACUCAAGUCGAAUCGGAAGCCCCUCAACCAGUUGGAUGAGCUGCGACUGACGGAAUUGAUAUCCGUAUGUGAGGGUUUUUUAGAUGCGUGCGUGCGAGGGGCCACCACAGUGUUACAUGAGUGGCACCUACCCAUCUCCGAGAAGACAAUUCCAGUAGUGAGUGAAAAAGACGCCGAUUGUAGGGCGGAAGUGGGCGGCCGGGGCCCACGAGUUUAUAAAUAUGAGGCCUGGGGGGUGCGGUACGAAGUAGCGACCGACGAACAUGGGAUAUUUAAUGGUUCGGACGAGUACGCGGCCAAGGCCGCCGGCCAUGAGAGGAACGGUUGCAGAGCGUAUCUGCGAGAAGCUCUAGAAACAGAUAAGCUCCGAGUUCCACUCAGUGCGACCGUGGACUACCACGGCUUCCGCGUCAUCUGCACCGCUGUUUUGCCCACUAAUUUAAUCAAGUACGGGGAUAGUGGCGAGGUAAGAAGGGAGCGACGAGAACUAGUGCACGGGACCGACGACCGCGGUGAGGUAGUCCACAACGACUCUAGGGAGUGCAACAACUUGUUGGCGGGAAUAGCUCGCAAACUCAAUCUCGCGGCACACAACGUCAAGGGUAGUAAAGACCUGAAUCCCAAGACGAUUCAUGCUUCAGUUGACCUUAGAGCCUAUAAACUCGAUGAAGAUAGGUUCGGCCUUGUUAACUUGUGGAACUGCCUUCCCAGCGAGAAUCCCGUUGGCAGUGAACACCUACCAGUGGCUCCCAGGGGCCAUUCGAUCUUCUGGAGGAUGCUACGACCGGAGUACGUCAAAAGGUAUCAACAGCCGUUAUCUCCGGACGGGGAUUGUGCUAUUAGUUCAGCGACGGAGGACGGCGACCUCCACGUUUCUAGGGUUAUUGAUGCCACAAAACACCUUGUUGAAAAUGAACUCACGUUGUUAGCCGAGGAUCUAGCUAGUCGCGGACCGCUAGGUCCACGCUCCCGAGAUGUACCGGCCUUCGACCCCAUCGCCGAUCCGUUUGCAUUGGAGAUACCUGUCUCCACCAGAAAGAUGGGUUCUGGAUAUAAUGAUUCUGAUCAGAGGCUAGGUCCCUCGCGACUCUGGGGCCUGGACGUGACGGCGGAGCUCCAUCGAGUUGGUACUAACCUGCGACACAUGGGUUUACUGAGGAGAAAGUUCUGGCGUAGAUUAACAGGAACGGCGCGCUGCGACUUCGGGAGUUCUGUCUUGCGGACGUCGUCGGACUUCCGGCUCGAGCUCGAGCGAGGUUCUCGCAUACUCGUAGCUGGUAGAGUUUUUCGAGUUAGUAGUACAGAGGAGUUCAGCGAAGACAGGUGCCCCCUCGAGGAGCCCUUCGAAGGGUUAAGUACGAAUAGCGAAGUGGUCUUCGCGGGCGAGGUGCGCGACGCGCGUAAUAGCAAGGAGAUGCGCAUCGCGUUGUUGUGCGAGAUGGUCUGCAGAGCAGCUAAACUACUACUGCGGUUCUACAUGCGUCGAAGUGCGCGCUUGCACGGUUGCGUCGUGCCGUCGAUUGCGUCACCUUUUGCUAUAGAUCUGCUCAAUGCUUUGACGGGCGGGCAUCCGACGGCAGAUGUCAUCUGGCAAGAGGAAAUCGUGCCUCGAGUGAACCAGUCGUAUGGUGACAGAGCCAUCGAUAGUGUCGAGGCGUGUACGGUCCGGACGACGUUGUUACCGACAUUACCCUACCUCAUCAGAAGGGUCAGUGCCUUGUGUGGCUUACCUAUAAACUCAAAAGCAUUGGAAGCGUUUGACGCACAACCGGAUGGUUUUGUAUUUGUCUCGGCCGACUUGAACAAGUCGGACACAUCUGUCAGUAGUUUAGGCGCUUGUUCUGGUUCGAGGCCGGCCUGCCAGCCAGUUAUUAAGCAUGGCAUCUGUCAUUUGGACGUGGCCCGAGGCUUACUGUUGGCACACAAGGCUCGACAAUGCACAGGAGACUACAACAAAUUGAUCAAGCGACAUAAGCCGCCUCUCUACUUACCUCUGGACGAGCGGCCGGGAGCCCACUUAGCUAGGAACCGAGGUGAUGUGGGCGGUUCGUUGGACGGCUAUUUUGCCAAAGGAGUGUAUUGCGGUGUCCCGUUCCUCGAAGCCGCUGAUGCACAAGCAGAUGUGAUAAGACGCCCGGUCGAGGGCCCGAAGUGCUGUCGCUUCGAACCCAGCGAAUGUGGGCACAUAGUGUCUUCAUACUGCUCUAGAAUCUCGCCGCAAAAACCGUCACAAAGCUUCUGCCUCGAACUAUGGGCGUUGUUAGCUGAGGACGAGGGUUCCUACAGGAUAGCAUGUAUGACGGGCCGCGGCGCCCUAGCCGUCAUGAACACGCACGAGUGGUGCUUCACGCUCUUUUGCGGCAGUGCCGAGGUCGUGUUGAAGGGCCCGAAAAGUCGUGUGAACGAGUGGCAACAUGUGGUAGGCACGUAUGACGGCACGAUGAUGCGGUUGUUUGUCAAUGGGCGACCAACGGCACGCAUGGAAGUGGCCCCCGAGGUCCUCGCGCAGAACGAGGACGCGAAUCAAGGCCGUAAAGAAGAGUUAGAGCAAAUUCAAAAAGAUGAAGAUGCUGCGCGCGCCUUGUGCAAGAAGCAGACGGACAAGCAGGCCAAGGUGUACAUGCAGACGAGCGAGGGUCCGUGACUCCGCGUCAAUUUCUCAACUUGAACGUCGCGUCGAUGGCGUCUGAUACGUAUCCCACGCAGGCAUGCAGCGCAUCAAGCAGGCCGCGAUCAAAUUAGUGGAGCAGUCGGAGUUUAAAUAUAAAAUGACGGCCAACGCCAAGGAGCAGGGCCUGCAGCGACUCGGCAAGCAGGAGGCGUUGUUGAAGGCUCGCGCCGCUUAUAGACAAGAAUUGUACAUGGUGCUGACUCAGAGCAUGAAAUGAGCUUCAACCUGACGUGGUCGCGGCGAUGGCGUCUUCAUGAGACCGCACCGCCUCGACGCCGUCGAUGCGGCCGCAUGAGAGUCUACGCGUCUCGUGAGAGUAGUUUCGUGACGGCGUCGUUCCCACACAGGAAAAUGUCCAAAAAUGUGCGGCGGAAUUUCAGAGACUGCGCGACGACGUCGAGGACCGGCGGCGGAAGGAGCUGGACGCGGCGCUUGAGAGAAGUAGAAGACCUGCGGUGAUCGGCGCGUCGAUGGCGUCGGGCCGGGCGAGGCAAGGUCGGCACUUCUGGCACGGAUGUCUGGCCCACGUCGCGGUCUACGACAAGUUACUAAGUGCGGACGACAUCGCGGUCCAUGUUAGAAUGGGCAGACAAGGUGGUGCGGAGCGGGGCGUCUCGCAUUCUAGGGAUGCGGCGCGGUUGUUCGCGCUGGCCGCCGAGCACUUCGAAAAAGCGGCGCAGCACGAGCCCGACGACUUUCGCGUGCGGGAGCAGCACGCUUUGUGUCUGUGCGACCAUCUGGCGUGCAUUGAUGCGUCCGAUCAUCGGUCGCUGCCGCCCGGUGCUGGUACAAGUGCAGUGCCGAUCGCCGGUCCUGCUCAUAGAAGAGCUGCCGCUUUACUAGAUCAGGCGAUCCGGAAGUUGGAAGGCUUGAAUGCCGCCGAGACGCUGGGAGCCGUGAUUCGAAGACUACCGGAGGGGCCGGCGCACGCCUUUAGGUGCGUCGACGCGCUAGAUGCUCUAUUACGAGUGAGGCCGGACUACUUCGCCACUCAUGAUCUCGGACAUCAAUCGCAGAUGGCUUUACCUCUCAAGGAUUUAGCACUAGUCCCGAAAAGAUUUGGACUAGGCAGUGCGAACGCGCACCCGAGACUAGCGAGAGCGGCGGCCAGGUGCUAUCGACUCGUACUAGCGGACUUGAAUCUCGCCGAGAUCUACGGCGGCGUGGACCUGUCCUGGGCCCGCGCAUUACGCAACGACGAAGCGCUGUGCAAAUUAGUACGCGAUGCAGAAGAAGACGAGGACAACCGGUUGAUCACGCUGGGCAAGCACGACGGAGGGACGUGUCGCGUGGGCGACGACGAUGUUCGACUCGUCCUAAAUGCGAGGAGACUGGCCAUAUCGUUAGAUCUCACAGCUUGUGGGGAGGUUACUGAUUUGUGUUGCAUGUUUGCAGCAAGGCAUAAUACAUCUUUGCAAUCCAUAACGCUGGAUGGGUGCGUGCAGUUGACGGACGAAGCAUUCAUCCACUUGGGACGAGGCGCCAAGCACGCGACGCUCGUGGCGGCGCAAGGCUGUGGCAAACUUACCAAUGCAGGCUUUGGGCCUUUGGCAAGAGGCUGCAAACAUCUCAAAGCGCUGAACUUAUCGUAUUGCGGCGGCGUCAACAACGAGACACUCAUCGUAGUAGCAAAAGCGCUGAAACAGCUCGAACUCUUCCACUGCGCGUUCUGUACUGAUGUGACGGACGCGGGGGUGUACGCCUUGGCCACGACCUGCGCCCAGUCGAAACUUAGGAGUUUAGACGUGUCCUUCUGUGCUUCUUUGAGUGAUGACGGCGUGUCUGCGGUGGCGGAGAGGUGUGCGGCUCUCGAGUAUUUGAACUUGAGCGGCUUGCACCGCGUGACCGACGCGGCGGCGUUGCGCGUGACCCAUAACCUGUGGCGCCUACGGACGUUGUGUCUCGAGGAUCUGCAUCUCAUCACUGAUUCAAUUUUCUUCUUCGAUAGUAAGAAGGAUGGCCGGGCGGCGGCGCGGCAGCAGAUGUGUGUACGCGGCGUCCGUCGGUUGUUCCUUCUGAAUCGUCGCGUCGACCCCCACGCCGUCGCCGCGACGCCUGCUCGAUGGCGUGGCGUCGUUUGUUCCUUCUCGGUCGUGCGUCUUGCGUAGAUGUGCCGCUCGCGCGCUUCGAGCGUACCUCCACCCCGCCCGCACGCCAUCGCCGCUCAUCGUAAACACGCAGGCUCGGCGAGCUGCGCGAGAUCAGGCUGGGGGAGUGCGCGCGAUUGACCGAUCGGGCCUUCGCCGGCCUUUCCGCGAGAGCACAACAUUUGGAAAAGCUCCACUGUAGGGGUGUGGCCCAACUCACGGACGCCGGUUUAAGUUAUCUACGCCUGGAACCGGAGUUCAAGCAGCAAAGAGGCCAAUUCUUACAAGUCCUCGACAUUUCGCGCUGCUCGACGAUUGGAGAUAGAGCAUUUGCGGAACUGUGCAAGGCCUGCCCGUCACUCGAAGAGGUCGACGUGUCGUUCUGUCUGCGAUUAACGGAUCGAGCCAUCAAAGCGCUGUGCGACAACUGUCCGGCCGUGAAACACCUAAGCGUGGGCAACUGCCGGCGACUGACGGACGCGUCGGCGUGUCUCAUGGCGGAUGCUCUUUGGUUAGAAGCGUUAGAUUUCUCGAAGAGCGUGCGGUUGUCCGAUGCGGCUCUUGAGGUUCUUGUUGUGGAAUUGGCCGGGCUCACUAGAUUAGAUGUGUCGGGCUGUUCCGGACUCACCGAUGCGGUCCUGAAAGUGAUCCAGUUCCACGGGCCCCAUUUGAAGCGCUUGGUCUGCGUGGACUGUGCGGGCUUUACGUCUGACCCCUUGUCUGAACUAAGGGCAGCGCGCCCAUCACUAGAAGUCUGGACGACCGAAGAGCACGUCGAGGACGCGGACAAGCCCCAGUGGGUCGCGGCGGACGCCGACCCGGACCACGGCGUGCCGCGCACGGUUCCGCCGCCGCCGCCGCCUCGGGAUUCGGAGACCGGAAGUGGUGUCACGGACGCGCAGGAGUCGGGUGUUAUUACGAGGCAGUCGUCGGGGGCUUCUUAAUUUGGGUUCUUUGUUAAUUUGCCCUUUUCCACUAACAUAUCCCGUCGACUGCCGUAUAACAUAUCCCGUCGGCGGGAUAUGUUACCACUCGUGUUGUCUCGCGCCGCGCGGCCCGCGCCUCCGGUGAAAAACGCGAACGGCCGUCGGAUGUUGAUCUGGGGGUUCCGGAGGUCUCUGGGACGCCCUGUAUGGCUUGUCGCGGGAUCUCCCUGGCCUCGGCGCCUGGAGCUCUCGGGCAUUUUGACGGCACCUAGACAGAGAAGAAGCCGUCUAACCGAGGCCCCGAGGCGACCGUGUAACGCGUGAGCGCGCGUAGAGACGCUUCGUAACGUAGUCCACCCACUCGCCAAGCCACGAAACGAUCUAGGCGCCAAAAGCCUUGAAACAAGAGCAAAGUGCACCUACCCCCAAUAGGAGGCCCGUUGCGCGCGCGCGGCCGUUUCAGCGGGCUCAGCUCGGCCCGCUCGACCCCCGGCGUCGACCUUACACGUCGUGAGUAGACCUAACGCAACGCCUGGCUGACUGCCCGCUGACGCCGAGAAACAGCGGAAACGCUCUAGCUGCGUCUGCGCGAUGGCGUGAAGAGUCUACGCCAUCGACGCGACGUUGUCCCCGUGACCUACCUCAC